AUGUCUCUCAUUUGGCUGACUCUGUUGCUCUCAGCUCAUCUGGCUAAAUGUGUGCCAGAGAAGCCAAAGAGAUCAGCUCUGAACCAGCUGACCAGGACCCUCCUCAGGAAAUAUGACUGCGGAGUUCGACCUGUUCACAACUGGACCACUCCUACCACUGUCUACAUAGACCUCAUCCUGCAGUCCAUCCUUAAUGUGGAUGGAAAGACCCAGAGCAUAACUACCAGUAUUUGGCAAAGACAGAUCUGGACAGAUGAGUUCCUGGUUUGGGACCCAGAGGAGUUUGAUGGCAUCAAUGAUAUCUCACUGUCAUCUGAUGCCAUCUGGAUCCCUGACGUUAUCGUUAGUGAAUUUGUGGACGAGGGGAAGUCCCUACCGAUCCCCUAUGUAUACGUCAACUCCUCUGGCUCAGUGAAGUACUACCGACCCAUGCAGGUGGUGCUGGCCUGCAGCCUGGAGAUGUACGCCUUUCCAUUCGACAAGCAAAACUGCAGCCUCACCUUCCGCAGCUGGCUUCACUCAGUGAAGGAAAUAGACCUGGCGCUGUGGAGGAGUGCAGAGGCCAUUGCUAAUGACAAGAGGGAGUUUAUGAAUGACGGAGAAUGGGAACUGUUGUCCAUUCCUUCAAGCUACUGGCAAAUCCACCAAGACGACACCGACUACGCCCACAUCCAGUUCAACGUGUUGAUCCGCCGGCGCCCCCUGCUGUAUGUGGUGGGUCUGCUCAUCCCCAGCAUCUUCCUCAUGCUGGUAGAUGUGAUCAGCUUCUACCUGCCUCUAAGCAGCGGUACCCGCAUAGCCUUUAAGAUCAGCAUACUCCUGGGCUACACCCUCUUCCGAGUCAACCUGACAGAUGAACUGCCCGCCACAGCGGUCAAUACUCCACUCAUAGGCGUGUUCUUCGCCGUGUGCAUGGCCAUGCUGAUGCUCAGCCUGAUCAAGUCUAUUCUGGUGGUGAAGCUGCUCCACCACAGUGAGAAGGAGGUCAGGCAAAUGUCAGUGUCUGCCUGCCUGCUGGACAAGUACGGCUCAGCUGCUCAUGGCUUCACAGAGAGCGCUUUAACCUCCAUUAGGACCCUCGAUCACAUCAACCCCUCCGGAGAUUAUGAGUUUGAACCCUCACUGGAGGAAGAUCUGCUGUCCCUGAAUGAGAUCCAGGAUGCUCCAUCUGGGCUGGAGUGGCUUCUCCAGGAGCUGGUUUCCCUCCACCUGGCUUUAUCCCAGGAGGACAGUGAGUCUUCGGUUCAGGCUGAAUGGCUGGCCCUUUGCUCGAAGCUCGACUGCUUCCUGUUCCGCUUCUACCUCUUGGUUCUGGCCUCGUAUGCCAGUACGCUGCUGAUGCUCUGGGCCAGUUGGAGCUUUGCCUGA